AGAACCUGCUAUACUAUAACACAGAUGAGAAUGCUAAGAUCAUGGUCAGUGACUUUGGUCUGUCUAAGACGUUGGAGCAUGGUGUGAUGUCCACAGCCUGUGGAACACCAGGAUAUGUUGCCCCUGAGGUUUUGGCUCAGAAACCCUACAGCAAAGCAGUGGACUGCUGGUCCAUUGGAGUUAUCACUUACAUCCUGCUCUGUGGCUACCCUCCCUUCUUUGAAGAGAACGAUACUCGUCUGUUUUCAAAGAUCAUGAGAGCUGAUUAUGCCUUUCAUUCACCCUUCUGGGAUAACAUCUCUGAGUCAGCCAAAGACUUCAUCAGGAAUAUGAUGGAGAAAAAUCCCUCAAAACGCUUCCUCACCGAACAGGCACUCCAACACCCCUGGAUAGCAGAAAACACAGCGAAAGACCUCGACAUUUAUGAGUCUGUCUGUGAACAGAUGGAGAAAAACUUUGCCAAAUCCAAAUGGAAGCAAGCCUUCAACGCAGCCUCAGUAGUUCACCACAUGACGAAACUGCAGUUGUCCCAGAGUGAGCCGUCCCACUCCUCCCUCUCCAUGCCCCACAUCAUAGUACAUUCCUCCUCCCAGAAUGAUCUGGAGAUGCUGGAACCCUGCCACAAUGAGGCUGAUGACCUCGACCCAAACGGAAAUCCCGUUCAUGCUACUAAUCAUCUACCCUGCAGUAAUCCUGAGUCGGACAAAAGUCUCUGUCCACCACUGAGAGCCAGUCACAGUGGGCCUGGCAAAGCCCUCACUGUUGGAGAAAUCAAUAACUUUCAUUCAGAAAUCGACGCUCCGUUCAGGCCAUCCAAGAGCAUGGAAGCUGUGGCUCAGAGGAAGGACCAGCCGCUUCAGUCCGGAGUGUGUUCUGUCAUGUGAUUGGCUGCUAGCCUGAGAUAAAUCUCACGCAGUUUGUCUUUUGAGUUGACGGCAGUUGAGUUGAGCGUCAUCCGUCUCAGAAUGAAGGCGUUGAUACUUCUGUUGCUCAGCUUUUUCAUGUCACUGUUGCGGAGAACAUGCUCCAUCGACCGGGACUGCAUCUAUACUGUAAAAGACUAUCUCUCUAUCACGGAAUGACUUUACGUAGUGAACACCACGUUAAAGCAGACACAAGCAGGAAUUCAAAGUCAGUUUCACUCUACAACCUGUGACAAAUAAAUCAACCUUGUACCUUGUAUUCAUCAUUUAUAAAAUUAUACAUUCUGUUGGCAUUUAUUUUCUCAAAACUGUUAUUAUCAUUGUAUUUUACUCUACAUAUUACUCAAUACCAUUAAAAUGAAUUGGUUUUGAAUAGAUUUAGCUGACCUAUGCAGUGUAAAAGCUCAUUUCUGAUUUGUUUUGAAGUUUUUACAAAGCUGAAAAGCUUUUUCAGACUUCAGAGUCUUGUCACUUGUAUGCUCUGA